AGUUAGGUAGGCACGAAUUACACACAAAUAAGUUUAUUUCUUUGCUCUUUGCUCUUUCUAUUUCACAAUGGUAGGCUCCUUUUCUCUCGAGUCUCAUUUCAUUUUCCUUUUCAUUCUCUCCAAUUGACAACCAGAACAAAGCUUACAAGUUCACUUCUUUUUGGAUUUUUUGGUUAACAGAGCAUGCGUAAGUCCCGCGAGAUUUCUCUUUUUCAGGCAUCUUUCAAUCUACAUACUUCAUCAUUCUUCUCAUGCCCCUCGUGAUCCAUAUACUCGCGUUGUUGAAGCUGUGCUCUUUUAAUUAAUGAAGUAUAGGCAAAACCUGAAACCGAGAAAAGCAGACAUGAUUUCCGUAUCAUUCCAAACCCCCGAGAAGACCAACGAUGAGAACAAACCUCUUCCUCGAACUCCUCGUACGCCGAACUCACAUAAAGUCCAGGAUUUGGGACGAACAUCUUCUCAAAAGAAAGCUCGUCAACUUUUUGAUAGCUUAAGAAGCUUGAAGACACGCGGGAGAUCCAGCGGUGAUGUAGAAGACGGGUACGACCAGUCUCCCGGCGCUGGUAGUCCCAUUCGCCGCAGAAAUUCGACAUGGGACCUCUUUGGAACCAUUCGCUCCAAAAAAUCUAGUGAAUUCGGUACUCCUGAGAAUGAAAGGCCUCUCACCACAACUCCCUUCAAAUCAGGAGUGCAAAUUAGUAUGUAAUAAUGGUCUUACUGCGUGUACUUUACCCUAACCAUGUGUUCAAAGAUGAGGCUUCGGAACUGCUUCCAAAAAGACGAAAGAGUAUUGUUAACAUACUCGGGUCAAUCUCUAACAAGGUAUCCCCUAGACGUGGUGUGAGUUUGAGAGAAAACACACACGGCGAAGAAAGCCUGCCAGAGUGUUGUGAAGAGGAUGUAUUUGCCGAGAAAUUAGCAAAAGAGUUGGUAGAUUUGAAAGCUGAUAACCUAAGUCUUACACAUACAUCAGCAUCGAGUGGAAAAUCAAGAUUUCCCAACAAAAGAUUGAGAGGAGUAUACGAUCUUGAAUCCAGUCAUGAUAACAGAAUCGAAAGUAAGUUCAUCAAUAUAUUCUGUGGGUACGCGGUGGACACGUCUAACAAUUCUUGAAGGUUUUAAACAUCAACAACUCGAUGAUCUCCUCAGUGAUCGAGAAUGUACCGACGCAAAUAGUUGUGAGCCUUUCUAUCAUGAACAUCCUUGGCAAUUGAUGUCUGACAGGUCAGCUACAGGGACAAGCCAAGCGCAGACACUUCAGGAUGAAAUAUUCGCAGAACAAAUGGCCAGCCAAACGCCGACAAUAGACGUGGACAGAUCAAAGACACCAGACUCAUACCUUUGCUCAAUUAUCAAGUCUUUUGACGACUACAAUCGUGCAUCAACAGUUCCCAAGGAAAAAGGCGCGGCAGUUUCCCCUUCACCCUCCCCUGAAAAGCUACAGCCAACCAAGCCAGUUGAUUUUCUAAAGGAUUUGAGUCCAGAUUUUAUCUCUGAAUGCCAGUCAGGUCCAAAGUAAGGGCUAUUUCUGUGUUGGGAUUUAAAGCUAACGCCAAUCUACAGUAACCAUUCUAUGGAUACGAAUUCAUUAAUCGGUCUCAACAUCGAAAAGCCCAAAGCGCCAGAGAGGAUGCAUGAACAACCAAUAAUCACAAUUCGGAAAGUGAGAUCUGAUUCCGAUUCCAGCUUGGUGUUUGAAGAUUCAAUAGCUCCGUCACCACCAAUGUGGCUAGACGUAGUGAAAUCUGAAGAUGCGAUGCUGAACAGUAGAGCAAGACUCCCUUAUCAAUUUUCUAAAAAACAUGUUCACGAAGUCAACGUUGUUUCUAUAACUGAUAUUGAGGAACAAAAGAGUUACCGUCAAAACUUAGAGGCGGCUCCUUCUAACGCCGAGGAAUCAGACCAACAGAGAAUUGCUCGCAGUAUAAAGCAGACCGUAGAUAAAAUGACGGAAAACCUGCAUUCUACAUCCUUCUCGGAAGACAAGUCAGAAAACUGGAACGAGAACCCUUUGAAGGAAGAAAGUUAUCCAAGUGCACUUGAAUAUAAACCUGGCAUGGGCUCUGAUCAGAAAGUGGACAAUUUCUCAAAUAUGGUUGAGGAUCUUUACACCAAUGCCCUGGAGCACGCAUCAGCUGGUAAGAUGAUACGCGAAAACAUAAGUUCAUUCAACAAUCAGGAGUUCUUGAUGGGCCCUAUAUGUGUCAGGUAUCCCCAAUCAGAGGCAAAGUGGCGCCGUGCGCAACACUUUCCAACGGGAAGUCUUGCCCUUUCGGACAUACGAAAGCAAAACAAGGGCGAAUAUUCGGAUACGAUAACAUAUUGUCCAGAAGAAUCAUGUAUCUAUGUUCAUCCAUGGGGAAAGCUUCCUAAACCUCCGACAAACCUCACCGUUCGUGUUAAAUACCCUGAAACAAAGACUAGAUGGGCUCGAACAAAAAUUUACGACAACGGCGAUCUCGCGAUGGCUGACAUGAACCAAGAGAACCGUGGCGACUUUUCGGAAAUCAAAUACGAUGCUUCCGAACGCUGCUUCCAUAUUUACGCCCAGAGUGAUGUCGUAGAAGUACCGAACUAUAUGGUUCGCGUUGACCAUCCAGAAUCGAAGACUCAAUUGGCCCGAACACAGACCUACAGCAAAAAAGGUCUCAUAAUGGCCGAUAUGUGUAAUCAAAGCCAUGAGGGAGUUUCAGAGGCUAGAUACAAUGCCUCGGAACACGACUUUUUGCCUUUCGCCUCGGGCGAAGCUAUCGGUAUGGCCAAAAGUUGGGACCGUGUAAAUUGUCCCGAACCAGAGAUAGAGGAAAAUGUUCGUGUUGGCUACUCAGAAACGGAGAACAGAUUGAACGAGACACAAAUGCGCGGGAAUGAGGAACUUGCCAAAUUUGACAUUUCAUUACUUAACAGUGACGAGAAUUCCACAUAUUUUUACAGUUCACCAGAGCGAAUAUUACAUGUCGAUAGUCAGCCUGCAGUUAUUGAGCCGUUGUACAGAACUCGCGAGCCUGCAUGGAGGCCGACACUAUCGCCACUCGGUGAUCGGGAUGAGAAUGAGCAAGAUCUUCCUGACUUUUCCGAUUUAGAAAAUGAUUUCCAAAUCGUUUCCACGGAAUCACUUCGAAGCUCUUCCCCUGGUAUACAAUCACAGGAGGGUGCAGAGGAUGUAAUUGGCGAUGAGAAUUCUGGUAGCAAUGAAAUGAGCCUCUGCGUGGAAGCUGGGACUCCUCAAAAGCUUAAUGACGACUUUGUUGCUGAGCUGUUCAUGGGAAACCACACUGAUAGCUCCACGCCAGUUUUCAGAGGCUCCAAGCAAAUCCUCCAGUAUCUGGACAGCAUUGAUGGCAAAAACUCCGCCAGCAAGGAGUUACAUGCCGAAGAUGACCUUCAGUUAAAUUGCGGGACUGCAGCAAAAGCCUGGGCCGAAUCUGAAAGUGCUAAUGAAAACGCCAAUUUGACCGGUCAAACUCCUCAAGACGUUCAGGAUAUGGUAGACAAGCUUUUUGACGAAGCCACUCGUAGCAUAUGGCUUGAUGACUCCUCUGACAAUGAAAGCACAUCCCAAGGAGUUGAAAUUUCUGAAGAAGAUAGAAAAUUUACAAAUUCCUUCUUUGCACAAGGGCCUAAAUUUCCACAAUUUUCUGGCGGGCUUGGCGACGAUAAAGGUUGUGGAGUUUCAACUUCCGACGAGUUUUCAGGAAACCGAGAGGGUAUUGACUGGAAAAAGGAAAGUGCGAGUGAGCAUAUCAUCUUCGACUUUGACAGGGAUAUGCCGCAUAGGAGAGAGCGUUCAAAUGCGAUUUCCGGGAAAGGCCCUUCCAUGGCCGUGUCAUCAGACAAGUCUAACGAGAGUAUAUACAUUCUUCCUAUGGAAAAUUUUGAUCUAUACGAGGAGAAUGCAGGGUGCGGGGAUCAAAAAUCAGCCCGAUUUCGUGAAAUUGAUGAAAAUAUAGCAGUGUUUUCUGCCGAUGCGGAUCUGACAGUCUUGGUUCCCGAACACACCCAUACUUUGGAGAAUCACAAGAACGAAACUUAUCUUUGUAGCUUGGAUUCAACCAAAUCAAAUCUCGAAAGUGAAGCAGAGCAAGCCAGUGUUAUUCCGGGACUUUGGGCUGGUACUUGUACAAAGGCUGAAAACGCACGCAUUGCAUCUGCAUGUAUGGCAUCACAUGUACACGGCCAACCAGGCGCUGAAAUCUCGUCGGCACCAAUAUCCAAGCCGGACGAAGUACUACCAUUAUCUGGUACAAAUAACGAUGGACGAAAGGAUUGCCUGGAAGAGAAGGAAAACACAAUCAAGGACACCAAUAUUCGUGUAGAAACAGUGACGCAAGAGUAUAUAGACCGUGAGCUUCUUCCGGUGCUAAACAAAGGAACUAAUUCAAAGCGAGUCCCCACACUGGUGAAUAUAUUCCACGCACGAGGAAUGAUGUCCCCGAACUCAACUCAUCCAUUCUUAAACCGGUGUUCCUCUCCCCUACCACCCACCACGAGUCCUAAGCGAGGAGAACAACCGAUUCAAUCGCCGAGAAUCGUAACACCAUCAGGACAAGUAUAUAGUCCAGCGAAGGAGGAACACAAAACUUCGACUCCUAUUCAGAGGGUUCAAACACCGGGAAAUUCUCUAACUGAUCUCUUUGGCGCGGAUCUGAGCGGAGAUGAAACGGAUAUUAGCGAGGAGUUUGGGGAAAAGUUGGUGAAGAUGGAGGUUAGUAAGUAUUGUUUGAGGGAUAGUCGGGAUUCAUCUUUAGAUGAGAGGGCUUGAGAGAUAGAGAUGGGUCUGCUAUAUGGGUUGAGUGGUAUUAUAGCUGAGGUGGUUAUUGUUAUUGAGUGGAGUGGAGUAAUCGUUUGGAGGUGUGAAUAAUGGUAGAGAGGGAGAUGGAUGGGGUGCAAUGGAAAAAUUCAUUAUCGUCACCGUCGGGGCACUUGUCAAUAUUGUUAUAUUGAAAAUAUUCAUUUCCCAAUGGGAUCACAUCGUGUAUUGAUUAGACAGUCCAGAGAA